AUGGCGCCGCCCGCCAUACGGAGUCGCUUCGUGCUACUGGCCUUGUUCGGCGUAGCACUCUUCACGUUCCUCAUUCUGGGAGGCCACCGCUCCAUAGACGGACAACCUUCGCCGAUACAACAAGCAAAUUCAAACAAACAAGGAGGAGGUUCAAGCGGGGCGCUGCUCACAGGACACGCAAUAGCUCCAAAACUGGGCAACGCAACGGCGAAGGCCGAGCUAGGUCGCGCAGCAUGGAAAGUGCUCCACACGACGUUCGCACGCUUCCCCGAGAAGCCGUCCGAAGAAGAAAAAGAAGCCUUGCGAUCAUACGUACACCUGUUCCAGCGCCUAUACCCCUGCGGCGAAUGCGCCGAGCACUUCGGAAAGGUGUUAGCCAAAUACCCUCCCCAGGUCUCGUCGAGGUCGGCGGCUGCCAUGUGGGGCUGCAUGGUACACAACAUUGUCAACAAGCGCCUUAAGAAGCCCCAGUUCAACUGCGAGAACAUCGGAGAUGCGUACGACUGCGGAUGCGGCGAUGACGAGAAGAAGGAGAAAGACGCGGCGCCGGCAUGA